AUGUCAUCGGCGCCGUCUCCGAGUGCUACUCCGUCACCUCCUCUCCCGCCUACCGUCAUUCCUCCUGUACCUCCCCUGACGCCUCCUCCUCCGCCGCCUACCGCCACACCUCCUACAACUCCCACUUUACAUUAUAUUUUACCUCCUCCGCCGCCUACCGCCGAUCCUCCCACAACUCCCCUAACGCCGCCUCCGCCACCGCGUACCGCCAUUCCUCCUACAACUCCUGUGACGCCGCCUCCUCCGUCGCCAUCCACCGAUUUGACGCCUCCACCUCUGUCUUCUCCCUUGCCGCCUUCUCCUCCGCCACCGUUUCCCGCCACUCCAACACCUUUGACCCCUUCUCCACCGCCGCCAUUCACUGAUCCUCCGCCUUCUUCUCCUUCGCCUCCGUCUCCCCCAUCUCCCUCCACACCCCCUCUGCCUCGGCCGGUAACUCGGAGCCCUCCACCUCCACCGAGGCCCUCAGGCGGAGGAUCUCCUAGAAUUCCAUCUAUCACCCCAGGCUUUUCUCCACCGCCUCCGGCUUCUUCUCCCGGAGGAUUAUCAACGGGAGUGGUAGUUGGAAUAGCCAUCGGAGGAGUAGCUCUGCUUGUAGCAUUGACUUUGAUUUGUUUCUUUUUCUUGUGUAAGAAGAAACGACGAAGAGAUGAAGAAGCACCUCCUGGUCCCAAUGGCCCUUACGGUGCACAGAAGCAACAAAGUGCAUCACAACCAUCAGAUCACGGGUUGACGUCACCGCAACACCCAAACCCUCCCUCUGCACCACCACGUCCGCGGGGCAUGAGCAGCAGCAGCAGUGGUGGCUACGACUCAAACUACUCGGAUAAUGCAGUUCAUCCUCCACCAUCUCCAGGGCUUGUACUAGGCAUCUAUCAAGGCACUUUCACUUACGAGGAGCUAGCUAGAGCCACUAAUGGAUUCCCUGAGGCCAAUUGGUUGGGUCAAGGCGGGUUCGGAUAUGUCUACAGAGGUAUAUUGCGUAAUGGAAAAGAAAUUGCUGUGAAACAGUUGAAAUCUGGGAGUGCUCAGGGGGAGAGAGAGUUUCAGGCAGAGGUAGGGAUCAUUAGCCGAGUUCACCACAGGCAUUUGGUUGCUCUUGUCGGUUAUUGCAUCGCUGAUGCGCAAAGAUUGCUUGUCUAUGAGUUUGCUCCGAACAACACUCUCGAGUUUCACCUCCAUGGGAAGGGACGGCCUCCACUAGCAUGGAGCUCAAGAUUGAAGAUUGCUGUUGGUUCUGCCAAAGGAUUGUCGUAUCUUCAUGAAAAUUGUAAUCCUAAAAUCAUCCACCGUGAUAUCAAGGCGGCAAACAUAUUGCUUGAUUUCAAGUUUGAAGCAAAGGUUGCUGAUUUUGGUCUUGCCAAGAUUGCCUUGGAUACAAACACUCAUGUAUCUACACGCGUGAUGGGAACCUUUGGGUAUUUGGCUCCUGAAUAUGCUGCUAGUGGAAAGCUCACAGAAAAGUCUGACGUUUUCUCAUUUGGUGUUGUACUUUUGGAGCUAAUAACCGGGCGUCGCCCUGUUGAUGUAAACAAUGCCUAUGCAGAUAACAGCUUAGUUGAUUGGGCACGACCAUUGCUUACAAGAGCUCUUGAGGAAAGCAACUUUGAAGGUUUGGUUGAUUCAAAGCUGAAUAAUGAGUAUGAUAGAGAAGAGAUGGCUCGUAUGGUUGCUUGUGCUGCAACUUGUGUUCGCCAUUCAGCUCGUCGCAGACCUCGAAUGGACCAGGUUACGCGUGUUCUAGAAGGAAACAUAUCACCGUCAGAUUUGAACCAAGGGAUCAAACCGGGUGACAGCAAUGUGUAUAGCUCAUAUGGAGGAAGCACAGAUUAUGACAUGAGCGAGGACAAUGAAGGAAUCAACAAGUUAAGAAGAAAGGCACUUGGGACUCAAGAGUACAGUGAAAGCAGUGAGUAUAGCAAUCCAACUAGUGAGUAUGAUUUGUACUCGACCGGUUGGAGCACUGAGGGUCGAACCACACGGGAAAUGGAGACAAGCACUAUUAAAAGAACCGGUUAUGUUACGGUGGACACUGAUCACACUUCUCUUUGAGGGGACACAUGAUUAUUUUUAAUUCUUUCUUUUUUUUGGUUUAACUGGAAAUGUAUUAACUCUAAUUGAACUGCGGUCUAUCUGAUACCGGAUGCACUCUGAUCUUCCUUCAUUCUUUCC